AUGGCGUUAUUUGGUAAAACGGGGAAGCUACUCAAGAAUUCUGCUGUCAAUCAUGAUUUAUCUAUGUCGGUAUUUCAAGCAACUAGAUCAAUGUCAUCUGCAAAUCUUUUUCUAGGAGGUAUUUCAUAUAAUACUCUCCGAAAACAUUUUUCUCUCUAUGGGAAAGUUCUUGAUGCAAAGAUUAUCAGAGAUCGUGAAACAGGAAGGCCUCGAGGUUUUGGUUUUGUAACUUUUGCAACGACGGAGGAGGCAUCUGCUGCCCUUCAGACCAUGAGUCUUGCCAUUAAGUCCAUGAAAAACCAGGAUCUUUAUGGUCGGAAGGUACGAGUGAACUAUGCUACAGAAAAGUCGGGUCCUGGGUUUAGUGGUGGUGGCUAUCACAGCUGCCAUCUCGAGACUACAGUAGAAACUCUUUAA